AUGUCAGGCCGAUUGAAUAAGAUAACAUCCUCAUUACGUGGAGGUGGUUGUGGCUCUAUUAAAACAAUACCCAACACAGAAAUAGUCUUAAAGUCUGAUAUUUAAGACAUAGAAAAUUUCAUUACUAGAUUUGAUUCUUUUGUCUAAACGAUUUACGCUAAAGCAGCUGUUGCUGCUAAUCAAUCAGAAGCUUAAGAAAUAAUGAUAGCCAUAUAAUGGCUUAUUUUUUAAGAGGAAAACAUUUAUAAACUCAUCAAGAAUGCCUAAAAGGUCUUGAAAUCAUACAACUUAAUUAUAGAUGGAAUCCUAAAAUUAUUGAAAAGUUGUUUGAUCUAUGUCAGAACGGAUUCAUUUAAAUUUUUAUUCAUCUUAAGGACGACAGCUUCUCUAUCUAAAGUGAUAUUUAGCUUCCAUAUAAGAAAGGAUUAGAGAUUUAUGAACUGUGAUACAUAAAAGCAAUUUGUGGAUAUUUGUGAUGAAUUAAGACAAUAAAUGGAAAUAGAGAAGAAUGAUUUAAUUCAUACUUAAUUGGAACUUUACGUUUUCUUAACAAAAACUUCUUUUCAAAUAGCCCCAAAUGAUGGUAAAGAUAGGGAUGAUAUAUUAAAUGGUUGCCUAAAUGGUAUCGUUAACUCAAUAUUUGAUAUGAAACCUAAUACUGAAUUGUUUAUGUAAUUGUAUCAUGGAGCCUGCCUACUUUACAAUAAGUAUACAGUUUAAAAAAAUAGAGAAUAAUUUGAAGUUUAUUUUUAAAUUGAUACGUUGUAAUGGGAGAUCAUAAAUAAUUAAAAAAUGACAGCUAACAGAAUUUGGAAGAAAUAAUUAUAUAAAUUGAGAAAACAAAUUAAAAACUUGUGA